AUAGUCAUGCUUAAUGCCAUCCAGCAAGAGGCAGGCAUCACUCCUGUGGGCUUCAUUCUUCUUCAGACCUUCACCAACCUGCUCAAGUAUUUCUCUACUCCACUGGCAACCUAAGCACAGGAAAAAUAUUUCUUCAUCCUCAGAUUCUUAAAUCAAGGUAGUUUUAUUGAGCGUUUGAUGUUUUCUGGCAGACAGGGUUCCUCUAGUCUCCAUCAUGACGACCCACACCUUUUACCACCACAGAGAAGAGGAACAGAAGGAAGAGAGACAUCGCGAUUUCCAAAUGACUUCACAGACAAGAAAGUCCAAGUUCAGGACCAGUGAAGAACAAGAAACCUUCACAUCUCUGGAUUUGACCAUAGCAUCUGCUCUCGCAUUGACAACUGAAGAAUCAUGGGAAACAAAGAUGAGACGGGAGGCCACUAUACUAAAGCUAGAGGAGAGGGGACAGAAGAGGAUUCGCUUUGGGAAUGACAUGGAAAAGCUGGAGAAGGAUGUCAUCAGAAACUGCCGGUUCUUGCGGGUGAAGGCUGACAGGAAGGCCCUUCGGAGGAAGGCUGAAGCAAAGGUACAAUUGGAGAGGGAGGUGAUGGAACUGUUGUCCUGCCGGGCACCGAUGUUUUGGAUCCCUCUCCGAGCUCACGCGGUCUGGGAAAGAAUGAGCGUCACACUGGAAUGCACUGUUCUGGCUAAUCCUCGGCCAAAGGUAACCUGGUUUAAAAAUGGUGUUCGAAUUGAUCCCCGUGUUGCUCCAGCAGGGAAAUAUAAAAUGAAGAAUGAAUUUGGAAUGCUUACCUUGGACAUCAGGAGAUGCUCCUUGGAUGAUUCUGCUGAAUACAGCGUGGAAGUGAAGAACCCUUAUGGAGAGGCCAACUCAUUUGCAACUGUGUUUGUCAGGAAAUAUUAUGGAAUGGAGUCUGGAUUUGACUCGGAAAUCUAUAAACAGAGACUCAGAGGCAUAGAAGCUGACUUUGCCAGCACAUUGAAGCCCAUCUUUGCUAGAGAGAAGGAACCCUUCACCCUCGUCUGCACUUUCACUUCAGACCUGCAGGAAUACCAACGAAAUAUCCGCUGGUUCCGAGAUGGUGAGUUGCUGAAAGAUUCCAACCGCCGGAAAAUAAAAUGUGAGGACCGGGAGGCGUCCCUGGCAGUAUCCUGUGCUUACAAGGAGGAUGAAGGCUUUUACAGCAUCCGCAUCCCGACACAAGAUGGCUACAAUGAACAAAAAGCUUAUGUGUUUGUUAGGGAUGCUACAGCUGCAACAGCUGGUGCUCCUGGAUCUCCCCUCCUUGUACAAUGCCACGAUGUGAACAAAAACAGUCUCAUACUUUCAUGGGUACCUCCCAGUGAUAAUGGUGGAAGCCCAAUCAUUGGUUAUUACAUUGAAAGGUGUGAAAUGGGCACAGAUGAAUGGGUUCUCUACAACGACCAGCUGGUGAAAACUUGCAGGUCACCUAUUCUGGGUCUCACAGAAGGAAAGACAUAUCAGUUCCGAGUGAAGGCUGUCAACCGCGCAGGAAUCAGUAACCCUUCGAAAGCCAGCAGCCCUGUGACAAUGAUAGAUCCCAAUGAGGCCAAGAGAUUGCUAAACAUUCCUUAUGACGAUGGGAUGAGGACAAUUAUAGUUUCCAAAGAUGAACUGGAACCUGAGGUUAAGAUCCCAUUGCCACCCACUAAUGUUCAUGCCAGUGAGAUCAGAGAAGAUUAUGUGAUCCUCUCCUGGGAUGAGCCAGACCCCAGAGGCAAAGAGCCACUGAGUUACUACGUAGAAAAGUCAAUUGCUGGCAGUGACAACUGGCAGAUGGCUAAUCUGAAUAUUCCCGUCAAUUCCACCACUUUUGCUGUCUGUGAUCUGGACAAGGGAAAGUCAUACUGUUUCCGCGUACGGUCAGUGAACAAGUACGGAGUGAGCCAGCCUUCUGUACCCAGUGAGCCCAUCUCUCUGGGGAAAAAAAUUGCUCCACUUCCACCCCCAUCUCAGGUCCUGGCUUUCAGAGAUACCAAAACAUCUGUGGUCGUACAGUGGAGCAAACCAAAAGAAGGAGAGGAACCGCUGGGUUAUUAUAUCUAUUGCCGGGAGGUUGGGACAGACGAAUGGCAAACAGUCAACAACAAACCUGUCACUUGUCAUGAAUUCACCGUUCCAGGACUCAAAACUGGCAAACAGUAUGUCUUCUGUGUCAAAUGUGUCAAUGAAGCUGGCAUAGGGGAAAGUUCUCCAGAAUCUGAUCCCAUUCUUGUGAGACAAGCAAUCUCUUGUCCAUCUGCCCCACGAGGUUUUGCCCUGCUGAACUGUGGGAAGGACACCAUGACCAUAGGCUGGAAGCCUCCGAAACGCAAAGGAGGCUCAAAAAUCCUGGGCUAUUUCUUGGAUCAGCAUGAUGUAUCACAGAUUGACUGGCAUGAGAUCAACAUUAAGCCCAUUGCUGAACGGGUUUAUACGGUCACCAACCUGGAUGAAGAACACUUUUAUGAGUUCCGUGGUUAUGCAAUGAACAUAGUUGGUGUUGGGAAGGUGUCAGAGCCCAGUGAUAUUUUCAAGUGUGAGGAGUGGACAAUGCCAGAACCAGGCCCUCCUUACGACGUCAGAUGUACGGAAGUAAGAGACACCUCCCUGAUGCUCCAUUGGGAGCCACCUCUGUAUACUGGAGCAGGACCAGUCAGUGGUUAUUAUGUGGAGGCCUGCGAGGAAGGAUCAGAUACCUGGGAACGACUGAAUAAACAGCCGAUAUCCAGCACACACAUGAAGCUGAGUGAUCUGGAAACUGGGAAAUGUUACAUUUUCCGAGUGCGAGCAGAGAACAAGGCAGGUGUUGGCCCACCAUCACUGCCAUCAGAUCCUGUGAUAGUGAAAACUAAACCAGACACCAAAGAAAUUGAAGUUGGGGUAGAUGAGGAAGGAUUCAUCUAUUUGGCAUUUGAGGCUCCUGAGAUUGUAGACACUUCAGAGUUUAUUUGGUCCAAAGACUAUGAAGGACCUCCAAAUCCUGACCGCGUUGAAAUUAUAGACAAAGAUGACAGGUCUAAGGUCAUUCUGAAAUAUGCUACUGAACGGGACCUGGGAACAUAUUCAGUAGAAGUAACUGAUACUGAUGAAGACAUUUCUGCCAGCCAUGUUUUAACUCAAGAAGAACUGGACCGACUACGAAAGAUCAGCCAUGAGAUUCGAAACCCCUUGAUCGAGCUGAUAUCUGGAUGGAACGUUGACAUUCUGGAGAAAGGGGAGGUGCGACUUUGGCUAGAAGUUGAGAAACUCUCUCCAGAAGCAGAGCUUCAUUUGCUCUUCAAUGGGAAAGAGCUCUCAAGCACCCCGACACAUAAGAUCAACUUUGACAGAGCGAAUGGCCUUGUAGAAUUGAUCAUCCAGGACUUCUGCGAGGACGACAAGGGGACAUACACUGCCCAUCUUAAAGAUGGCAAAGCGGAAAAUCAGUUUACUUUGGCUCUCACUGGGGACGAUUUUGAUAAACUUAAAGCAGAGGUUGAUGCCAAGAAGAAAGACUGGAAAAGAAAACAUGGUCCUCAUUUUAUUGAACAACUGGCAUGGAAGGUCACUGAGGAUUGUGAAGUCCUGCUGACUUGCAAGGCAACAAACAUGAAGAAGGAAACUUCUUUUACAUGGUUGUUUGAUAGCAAAGCCCGCCCAGAUGGUCAAUAUAAUCCAAACACAGGAGCUGGAAUCCUACAGAUUAAAAGAAUUACCAAGGCAGAUAAAGGAGUCUACAAAGCUGUGGUUUCUGAUGAACGCGGGCAAGAUAUUACUCAACUUGAUCUUACGAAGGACGCAUUUGACGAUAUCCUCAAGGAGCUGGCCAGGAUCAGUAUUCUUUCUGCAUCUCCUUUGAAAGUGCUGCCAACUAUAGAAGGCAUCAAGAUCUACAGUGAAGUAAAGUACUACACAGAUGCCAUGAAGGCUACCUGGUACCACAAUGACAAGCGUCUGGAAGGAAGAGACCGCCUGAAAAUAGGAACAACCAUGGACCAGGUUUGGCUGCACAUCCUUGACCCCAAGGAGUCCGACCGAGGCAAAUACACCCUGGAGCUCACUGAUGGGAAGGAGAUACGCACAAUGUCAACUGACCUAUCUGGGAAAGCUUUCGAUGAUGCACUUGCUGAACAUCAAAGGCUCAAGCAAGCGGCCGUUGUGGAGGAAAACCGUGCUAAAGUGGUUCGGGGUCUUCCAGAUGUUGCAACCAUCAUGGAAAGUAAGACUUUGUGCUUGACCUGCAUCAUCUCUGGAGAUCCUUACCCAGAAAUCACCUGGUACAAGAAUGAGAAAGUCGUUACCUUCAAAGAUCGGUACAAGAUGGAAGUGAAGGGGACCGUGAUCACGAUAACCAUUGAGAACGUCAGCAGUGAGGACACUGGGAAAUUCAGCAUCCACGUCCAGAACAAGUGGGGCUCUGAAACCGGCAAGGUGACAGUCAGCGUGUACAAGCAGGGAGAAGAACCUCGGGAGCUGAAAGGGGAACCACCCUUCAUCUGAGCAGGGAGUUGGUGCCUAAGUCCAGUUCUAGGGUCUUGGUCUGGUCCACAGGACAUAAUCCAGUAGAAGAGGAUGGGUCUUAUUCAUUGCAAGGAAAGAUCCACCUCCCAUCUCUUACCCAACACUGUCACUGCUUUCUGAGCAGAAUCAUAGGCUUAUGACAUUGAUAGAGAGAAGUUAAGCUCCAGCCCCAUAAGAGGAUUAGCAUCAAGUCUCUUGGCCACUUCUCAGUGUUUCUCAGUGCAUUCACACAUAUAUAUCCAUACAGAAAAUCAAGGGCCGGUGAAGAUAUAGCUGUUACUGGUUUUAGCUCAACAAACCAGUGGUGAGUUCAUACGUUUCACUAAGCCAGGUGGUUUUCACAGUCCUGUUGAAUAAGCCACAGUGGGAGGACUUACAUACUUGUAUUGUACUACACUAUUAAACAGGAUGCACAGUAUAUUUUGGAGUGGGGGUCACAUUCUUAAAUCCAGUGGGUGGGAUCAGGUCAAUGGUUAAAUUAGGCUCUAUUUCAUGUAGAAUAAUUUUGAACUAAAGUUAAAUAUACUGUAGUUAAAAUGAUUAGUUUCCAGUUAAUAUUUAAUCUAUUUCCCUUUACUUACAGGAACAGUUACAAGUUGGGAAUUACUUUUGGAGAACUCUGGAAGUCACCCCAAGGCUUCCAAGGUGUGGACAAGUGGAAGCCACCAUAAAUCAUGACUUACAAACCACAAUAGUUAGGUUCAUAUCAGAUUCUAAACCAAAACCAAAUAUUUGUGUAGUUGCUGCUUGUCAUCUCGGUGUCUAAUGAACCCAGGCACUGUGAUUUAUAAAUCAUGGUUUAUGGCUUAGCAUUAGGAGCAAACCCAACCAUUGUAGCUUAUUCAACAGAAUAUAAUUGAAACAAACCAUAAUUUAGGAUGAUGUGUGAAUGGGGUCACUCGGGGGUAGCUUGAGGCUGAAAAUAUUCACAGAUAUUGUUUCAGACUUUGAUUCAAUUAUCUCCUAGCACUACUGAAUUUUUGCUGACUUGCUCUACCAUAUGCUAAAUAAAUAGUUGGAUUUGGA